GUUGCCAGGCUGGAGUGCAGUGGCACCAUCUCAGCUCAUUGCAACCUCUGCCUCCUGGGUUCAAGCAAUUCUCCUGCCUCAGCCUCCCAAGUAGCUGAGACCACAGGCGUGUGCCACCGCAUCCAACUAAUUUUUGUAUUUUUAGUAAAGACGGGGUUUCACCACAUUGGACAGGAUGGUCUCGAUCUCUUGACCUCGUAAUCUGCCCGCCUCAGCCUCCCAAAGUGCUGGGAUUACAGGCGUGAGCCACCGCGCCCGGCCACACUCUCGUAUUUUCAAAGGAAGCCAGAAACCUGGACUUUUAAAGUGAAAUGCCCAUGCCCCCCCCCCAACAUUUAAGUACUGACAAAUAAUUUUUAGAAACAAUGUAGGCCAAACAAAACACAUAGGUGGCUCCGAGUUUGUAGGUGGCCUGUGGUUUAAUAUCUUUCUCUCCCAUUUAACUCAGCUCCACGGGGCACAUGGCAUCUCCCUCUGCUCAUCACAAUGUCUGGAUCAAACAAAUGAAAAACAAAAACAUGGUGGCCUCUCCCAGCAAAAGCCCCAGGGUUGGAAAGAGUCCCCUGGCCGGGAAUUGGCACCUCGUCAUGCCCAUCCUCUCUCUCUUACUGCCUGCUGGAAAUGCCCCCAUCUUCCUUUGAGUCCUCCUCCCAGGCGACCCCUGUGACCUGUAACCUCUGUCCUGAAAUCAUCACAAUGGCCCGGGUGGCCUCAGCUCAGGGCCUCUGUGACAUCACCAAGGGCCUGGCACCAGGUGCGAGGGCAAGCAAACCCAUCAUGAGAACUCCCUUCCCCACCUCUGCUCACCAUGUGGACGCUGAAAUGGUCCCUGGUCCUGCUUCUGUGCCUCACCUGCAGCUGUGCCUCUAUGUUCUCUUCUCUGAGAGAGAAAACUAGCGAACCCCGGGGGAAGGUGCCGUGUGGAGGGCACUUUCGGAUUCGGCAGAAUCUACCAGAGUGUGCCCAAGGCUGGCUGGGGAGCAAAUGGCUCUGGCUUUUGUUUGUUGUUGUGCUGUUUGUGAUACUGAAGUAUCAAAGAGAUAGUGAGAAGAAUAAGGAGCAGAGUCCUCCUGGCCUUCGAGGUUUCCCAUUUCGCACUCCACUAAAGAAAAAUCAAAAUGCUUCUCUUUACAAAGACUGUGUAUUCAAUACCUUAAACGAACUUGAGGUGGAGCUUGUGAAAUUUGUGUCCAAAGUUCGGAAUCUUAAAGGUGCCAUGGCAACAGGCAGUGGCAGUAAUCUCAAGCUUUGAAGGUCAGAGAUGCCUGCAGAUACAUACCAUGUCACGGUCUAUGACUUACGGGGAGAAGACAGCUCUAGCUGAAUGGAUUUGUAUGUCAAAGUAGGAGAGAAAUAAGUUGAGUGUUGACAAACUGUAUGCAAACUAAUAAAACUAUUCUGAAGAAAAGAA